AUGUCUCUGACCAAGAUCAUGCUAGUCGGUGCAAGUGGCAACAUCGGAAGAGGUGUUCUACCGCAACUACUGCAAUCCGGCCUCGACCUGACCGUUCUCAGUCGUGAGGGCUCCGGUGCAACCUUUCCAAAGGAAGUCAAGGUCAUCAAAAGCGAUUUCACCGAAGGGUCUCUUAUUGAGGCACUCAGUGGCCAAGAUGCCGUUGUUAGCAUGCUUCCGAUCGUUGCUCUCGGAGAGCAGCAAAAGGUAGCUGAAGCAGCCAUCAAGGCAGGGGUAAAAAGAUUUAUCCCCAGCGAGUACGGGUCUGAUUCUUCGUCUGAUCUUGUCAUCCAAGCGGUUCCAUUCUUUCAGCCUAAGAAGGAUCAGUUGGAUUGGCUUGCGACCCAGGAAGACCGCAUCAGCUGGACCGGGAUCAUCACUGGUCCGUUCUUUGAUUGGGGAUUGAAGUUAGGUAUGACUGGGUUCGAUCUUGUUAACAAGACAGCCACGCUAGUGGAUGCCCAGAUUGGUCGUGCCAUCAUAUCAGUCCUGAAGCAUCCUUCCGAGACGAAGAACCAGCUUGUUUUUGUCGAGUCUUUCACGACGACACAGCUUGAUGUUCUGAAGGUUCUGCAAGACACAACGGGACUGGAGUGGAAGGUUCAAGAGACGACCUCCGAGAACGUCAGCCUAGACGGUUUGAAGAGACUCGGUGAGGGUGACAUCGCGGGAGGUGGAGCCGCCGUCAUCAUGGCGUUGGUGCUCGGCAGUGAAGGACUGGAGGACCAUACGAACGUCAACGGUGGUGUUUGGAAUACGAGAUUGGAGCUGGACGGAGAAAAGGUUGAAGACGUAGUGAGAGAAGUCCUCAAGCAGUAA